CCAAGCGCAACCCUCCUGUCAAGCUGAGCGAACACUUCUUCAACCCAGACCUACUCUACCAGCCUGGGAUGCUUGAUGAGAUCAUCCGCGGCCUGACUACUGUGUCCAUGGAGACACUGGACCAGUUCUUGACAGAUGAGGUGACCAACCAUCUCUUUGAAGACAAGCGGCAGCCAUUCUCUGGCCUGGACCUGGCUGCCCUCAACAUCCAGCGAGGCAGAGACCAUGGACUGCAGCCUUACAAUGAGUACAGGGCCCUCUGUAACCUGACCAGGGCGAGGUCGUUUGAUGACCUGCACAGGGAGAUAGCGAGGCCGGUGAUCGAGCGAAUGAAACGGACGUACGCACACGUGGAUGACAUAGAUCUGUUCACUGGUGGAUUGAUUGAGACGCCGCUGCACGGUGGACUGGUCGGUCCCUCGUUCGGCUGCAUCCUCGGCAUUCAGUUCAGGAACCUCCGCUGCUGUGACCGGUUCUGGUACGAGAAUGCUGACCCACUUGUGCGCUUCACCGACCCUCAGCUCACUGAAAUAAGAAAGCUAACUUAUCUUGAUCUUACUUAA